AAAUUACGAAAGCCGAGGCUCAUCCUCGCACCUGCCUGCUCUUUGCCAGCAGGCGGGGCACGGGAAAGUGCAUUUCAAAGGGGCCGCGGUUCCUGCGAUGCGCUGGACUCUGCGGUCCCUGUGGGGAGACCUAGUGCCGGCGUCGCCCUGUGGCGGGACUGAGCGCGGCGCCCGUGCUACUGUCCUGCCCUGCCAAGUCGCCGCCUGCGUGGCCGUUCCGAGGCUGGGCCCCGUGGGAGUGGCAGCGUCGAUCCCGGCCCCCAGAAUUCGAGGUGUGCGGCCACUUUCAAAACUUGACAACUUUCCUUUCCAGGAGGACCCCGUUCUGGAGCGUUAUUUCAAAGGCCACAAAGCUGCGCUCGCCUCCUUGGACUUCAGCUCCAACGGCAAGCAACUCGCUACUGCUUCUUGGGAUACCUUUCUCAUGCUAUGGAAUUUCAAGCCACAUGCUAGAGCUUACAGAUAUGUGGGUCACAAGGAUGUUGUAACCAGCGUGCAGUUUUCUCCACAUGGAAACUUAUUGGCAUCUGCCUCACGAGACAGAACUGUGAGACUCUGGAUUCCUGAUAAGAGAGGAAAGUUCUCAGAAUUUAAAGCUCAUACAGCUCCAGUUCGAAGUGUAGACUUUUCAGCUGAUGGCCAGUUUCUAGCUACAGCUUCUGAGGACAAAUCCAUAAAAGUAUGGAGCAUGUAUCGCCAGUGCUUCCUGUAUUCCCUGUAUCGACAUACACACUGGGUACGCUGUGCCAAAUUUUCACCUGAUGGAAGACUAAUUGUAUCAUGUAGUGAGGAUAAAACUAUUAAAAUUUGGGAUACCACAAAUAAGCAAUGUGUUAAUAACUUCUCAGAUUUCAUUGGAUUUGCAAAUUUUGUGGACUUUAACCCUAGUGGUACAUGCAUAGCUUCAGCAGGUUCUGAUCAAACUGUGAAAGUCUGGGACAUAAGAGUGAACAAAUUACUACAGCAUUAUCAAGUUCACAGCGGUGGAGUUAAUUGCAUAUCAUUCCAUCCUUCGGGUAACUAUCUCAUCACAGCUUCUUCAGAUGGUACCCUUAAGAUUCUGGACCUCUUAGAAGGAAGGCUCAUCUAUACACUUCAAGGACAUAUGGGGCCUGUCUUUACUGUUUCAUUUUCAAAAGGUGGAGAGCUGUUUGCAUCUGGAGGUGCAGACACACAGGUCUUAUUAUGGAGGACUAACUUUGAUGAAUUACAUUGUAAAGGUCUUAAUAAAAGAAAUCUCAAAAGAUUGCAUUUUGAUUCACCACCUCAUCUUCUCGAUAUCUACCCAAGAACACCACAUCCCCAUGAGGAAAAAGUUGAGACUGUUGAAGGGAAAACUGGGUCCUCAAGAAAAAAAUCAAGGCUGUCUCUCCUCAGGAUGUUGUGGCGCCGUGGCUUCCCUUUGGCAGGGGAAGAUGUGACGCUGAGCUAAAGAGAGGCGUGGAGGAGUACCCAGAGGCUUGGUGGACUCAGAAGGUGGCUUGCUGCUGAGGUCGGAGUUGAGCCGUUCUAGCUCAGGAAGCAGGAUCACUGAGGGGUGCAGCUGGGGGACCAUAAAGUAGUUUUGGAAGCAUAUAGACUAGACCAAACACAGUUUUCAUUUAUGGGAACACUGAUUUACUCUUUGAUACAAUGAGUACUUAUUGUAUGUGUCCAUGAUAGGCCAGGCAUACAAAGAUGAAUAAGACAUGGUUCUUCCUCCAGGGACUUCAAUGUCUAUUGAGGAAGAGAGAUUAAUUAACAAGCCAUUGGAGUAAAUACCAUAAACUAUAUUUGCCACUGCACUUAGAUGACCCUUCUAUAAUCAACAUAUCAUAGGAAGAUGUUGAUUUUUGACAACUCAGUAACCGUUCCACCUUGAUUUCCCUUUGAAGGAUUCUGCUGAGUUGUUAAAUCUAGAUUCCCUGACCCCUUACUCACCAAGAAACAGCCACCUGACCCAAGCCGGAACAACGCUUACUCCCUGGAGUGAAGAAAGAAGGUGGAAAGAUGGAGAAAUGGUGGAAGAGCAUUCAUUCUGGGCAGGGCAUUGACAACACUGUUGAAUAUUCUAGCCCUACCCAUCCCUACCGGGCCCAUUUUUACCAAUUUCUGAGACUUCUGGUCCAUCCUGAGAGCAGACAGAAAUCCUCCCAGUAAAUCCCACCAUUAAACAAUGAACAGACAACAAACAUUGCUUUGGUGAGAUACGGGGAGUUGAAGACUGAAAGCAGGGAGACCAGUUAGUGGCCAUUGCAAUAAACCAGAUGAGUAUGGCAAGAGACUGAACUCCAUGACUGGAGAGAUGGGUGAAGGGAAGACAGAUUCCAGAAUCAGAAGAGACAGAGCUAGCUGGGACUUGGUGACUACUGGAUGGAGAAAGCCAGGAAUAUAGAAGAGUAAGAUGAAACAAAACAGGGCAGCUUAGCUCCCCUCAUUUCCUUUUUGUUGGUCUAGAAGUUACGUUCUCACUUGGCCUUGAUUUUGGCAGCAUUUUCUUUCUUGCUAAGGCUAAUUUCAUAUACCUGUACCUUCCCAGCCCUGAGAGGUACACGUCGCUUCCUCCUAAAAAAUUAUCUCCAUUAUCUAGGAAACUUGGCAGGGAUACCAAAUCCUCUUUUCAUCUUGUGUCCUAGAGCCCAGGAUAUAUGUUCAAGUAGAUUCUUGGAAAUAGUCCUGGAUAGUGCAUAGUACUCUAACAUCAACAAGCACACUUGAAUGAUGACAGUGUGUCACAGGAUGCUUACUAAGUUUGUGAUUGCAUUUACAUGAUCAACUACGUGACCACAGCCCACGCAGUUCACACAACCUCACCACACCUUCCCUAUAGGGAUUCUCAGUGUGUUCUGUGCUAUCAGCUCUGCUACGGAGUAAAGGUGCUCAAGUACUUGUGGUAAUGUGGAAAGAAUUCAGUAGCACUUGAGCAUGCAGAGCUGGACCUGAUGGACUGCGCUCUUUACUCAAAAGGCACACACAGGGCACAGGCAGACAGCAACCUCUAUGAGUCAGAGCCCACUUGGCCUACUUGUCCUUUGCACCAUGUCUUUUGAACUAAUAAAUACAGUAAUACCCAUAACUGCAAUGUUUUAUCUGAAGGAAAAUAAGCCAGUAGCAAAGUUGUGCAAGACACUGAACAAGCAUCUAUAAGAACCAAGGACUCCACUCUCUCUAGGAAGCCCUAAACUCUGAAUUUGGGGAGCUCACCUUUGAGAUAGAAAAAAUUGUUAAUUGAUAAUGGCUUUUGUUGAGUCUUUCUCUAGUUUCUCAUGCUAGGAGAUAUUUUGGAACAUGGGUACUUAAAAAUAUAUUUUAACAAACAAAUUAGUAAUACUAGAAUAUUUCCUGGGUGAUCUUUUGAAGGAUUAAAGAAAGGUAUUGAUAUGUUCUGGCUGGGAGUGUUGGCUCACACCUGUAAUCCCAGCACUUUGGGAGACUGAGGCAGGUGGAUCAUGAGGUCAGCAGAUUGAGACUAUUCUGGCUAACAAGGUGAAACUCCAUCUCUACUAAAAAUACAAAAAAGUAGCUGGGUGUGGUGGCAUGCACCUGUCAUCCCAGCUACUUGGGAGGCUGAGGCUGGAGAAUCGCUUGAACCCAGGAGGUAGAGGUUGCAGUGGGCCAAGAUCGCAACACUGCACUCCAGCUUGGGUAACAGAGAGACUCCAUCUCAAAAAAAAAAAGGUAUUGAUAUGUUCUGAUAGCUUUUGGAAUCCCUGAAUUUUAAAAAUCAUGUGAUUGAAUAAUCCCAUUAGGUAGGGUUGUGCAAGUAAACCAUAUGCUAUGGACAGUCAGGCUGUAAAGGAAAUCUUUUUUUUUUUUUUCCUGAGAUGGAGUCUCACUCUGUCACCCAGGCUGGUGUGCAAUGGUGUGAUCUUGGUUCACUGUAACCUCCACCUCCUGGGUUCAGCUGACUCUCCUGUCUCAGCCUCCUGGGAUGACAGGCACACACCACUAUGCCUGGCUAAUUUUUUGUAUUUUCAGCAGAGAUGGGGAUUCACCAUGUUCCCCAGGUGAGUCUCAAGCUCCUGAGCUCAGGCAAUCCACGUGCCUGGGCCUCCGGAAUUGUUAGGAUUACAGGCCUGAGCCGCCGUGCCCGGCCAGGAAAUCUUAACAUAUAAUAGAUGGAGAAACAAAAAGGGCUCAUAAUUUAUCCUCUCACUUUUUGCUAGGUGAUUAGAUAACUGUAUAUGUUACAGCUUGAUCACCUGUAUUUUAUUUCAAGUAAAUUUUCUUCAGUUUCUUUGCCAGCAAACUAUACUGGAUAGAAGUGCCUCAAAAUCAAUUUAUCCUGCUUCACCAGUUUUAUGCAUUUUAGAUUUAAGGAAACAACAAUUAGAAUAUUUUCAAUGAUGAAAAGAGCUCCAUUAAGCUGCCACAAAUGUCAAAAGUUCCUGGCUAUGCUAACACUUAUGUAAUUGUUCUGGAAACCCCACGCACCGGAAUAGACCUACAACACCAGGCAUGACUCACUGAAUAUUUCUAAGCACACACUCUCUCUAAAAUGAUCUCCAGUUGGGAUUUACUUUUUCAAAGAAAAAAAAAAAAGACAAAAUAUGGUACAUCGAAUCCCAAAGUUUUUUCUGUGAUUUUUUUUUUUUUUUUUUUUUUUGGAAAAAUACUGUUGCCUCACACAAGAGCAUUAGAAGAUGCUGCUGUUUUCAUUAAUAAA